AUGGGAUCUGCGAGUAGUCAAGAGGUACGCCAGAUUGUGGGUGAAGCUGUUUUGGCUCUCCGGUCAGAGCAAGGCCGCAGCGGCGGCGGCGGCGUUGAUGAGGAUGAGAUGGUUUACUAUGGGGAUGACGACGGGUAUUAUCGCUUCGAUAACAAAGAUGAUGAUGAUUCGUCUACCUCGGACUCGGACUCGGAUCUUUCCGAGUAA